UAGCUACGUAAUCACCCUGCUGAUGUUUCUGACUCUUCAUCAUCAAGCUACAGCUACUUCUACAAUGCGCUAUUAUCGCUUCUAUCCUUGAUCGACAUACAAUUUCCAUCGCUUUUGAACUACUAAACUCAACCAAACCUCGAGAAUGGCACCCAGUAAUGGCACGACGCCGCUCGGUACAAAUGCCUGGUCAGUGUUGACGGAGGGCCAGAUUUUAGAGGACUUGGCAUCCCUGGGAACCACUGCUUCAACACAAACCCAGCACUCUCGCGGCAGCAGCAGCCCCUCGAAGGGAACAAGUCUCAGUGCGCCCGCGGCGGCGCCGCGGACUGACGCAUCCCACAACAACCUCGUUCCAAUUUUCUUCGCAUCCGGUGGCUCAGAAAGGUUUACAAUAGGAGGUAGCGACUUGUCUACCGCAGCGCGCCGCGAAGCCGUGCGCGUCGCGCGCCAACAGGUUGCGAGCACAAAGCAGGAGGCCCAACAAUUGCUUUUCCAGGAGGAAGCCAGGUUUUUAUAUUUGGCGCAAACGCUUUUGGAGAGCAUUUUUGCAGCUGGAGGGGACGAGGUCGAGGAGGGCGAGGGCCGCGUCGACCACGACCAGGAUCCCUCGUUGUUGCAGAAUGGAGAUCAUGCCGGUGCGAGAAGUGCAACUUCUUCUACAGCAGCAGCUGCAACUACCGCUGCUGUACUAAGGCAAGUGAGACGGGAAUAUCAGGAGAGAUCAAACACGACGACGAGAUUCAAAACCAGUGAGGAUGUUGACCAGGAAUUACAACAACCUCAGGCAGCAGACACGCCUGUUCCGGUUUUCGUGUCUGAACAGCAGAAGGUGGCGGGAACAAGUCAUGAAGACACAACCGGUGCCGAUGAUUUCUCCGGCCAGAAUGAUCCAGACUCGCUGGAGCAGGUUCUGCAAUGGUUUCAGCGCCGCUGUUCCGACAAGGUGUUCACAUACCACUUGCAAAAAACCACGACGAGCUCGUCGAGUUCUGGCACACCUGAGAGACCGCAGGAGGAGCAAGCGGCGAAUGAAAUCGGGAACAGCAGCAGCAGCUCUUCAUCCGCUGAGCAGGAAAUAAAUUCCUCGUCAGAAUUCGCGAACGGGAAAAAUGGCGGCAACUACACCGAGGAACAACGCGUUGCCGUUACGGGAACAUCCACUGGAACGACCUCAUCUGACAAGACAGCUGCGGAACAAUUCAUGGCUGCUGCGAACCGCAAGACUGACAAGCAGAACCAGAAGGACUUGCAACGAGACACGCUCCGGGUAAACGGCCGCACGUUUGCGUCAACGCCGUAUCCGGAGACAUUGGAGUUCACUGCUCGGGCAUUGUUGCAAAAGCCGUCCUCCGGAAGUAGCGGCUCGCCAUCCGAGUUCCUGCCCCCAACAACGACGAAAAUCACGACAACCGCAACUGCCACCACUACUAACCUGGACGACGCAGUCGCCACUCUGGAAGACCGUUUCGGCCGCAAUACCCUCCACCGUGCUCGUACGCUUUUGAGUCGCGUCAACCGGACCGUCUCCGGGGGACUGGCGUUUGAAAAGGUGCUAUUGUCUUUUGGCCAGAUUCCCGGCGUGUUUGUUGUCCCCGAGUCCAAGAACGCGGCCCCGCUGGAACUGCUGUGUGGACCGGACGUGGCUCUAGGGCGGGCGCACACCCAGUACCGGAUUCUAAGCGAGGAAAGACCCGACUGCGUGGUCGGGGUGGUAGACGCUUUUUUCGUCUUUACAGAGGUGGUGACGGAUGCUGGUAUGGGAUCAGAGGGAGGAAGAACUGUCGUGACCACAAGCAAGGAAACGCUGUAUUUGCAGUGCACACCUGGUUCAUGAGUACUGAGUACGUGGUGCCACGAGCAGGCUGAUCAACAUCAAGAUCAACAGCAGCAAAACAAAAGCGACUUUAAGAAGCCAGCACUUUAAUCUAAUUGGGUUUGCUGGGCCCGUCAAUAAAUAAACACGACACAGAAGGAUAUUAAAAGUGGACGACGUCAGCAGGAGG